CGCCGUAUUAAAUGAAGUAAUCCCCUUAAAACCCGAACACUUCUGAACCUCUCAACUUGAAAUCGACACAAAUCAAUACAUAACAUAAAUAAUUCUCUUGACACCUGCGAACUUGAAGUCCAUUAAUCCAUCAAAACUGAACUUGGUGGAAACUUUGUAGAACCUUGUACAUAAAUAAUAGGUAUCGAUGCUUGCCCCAUCACUAGAGACUACAAGGGCGAUGGUGAUGCUGGUUGGUGCUGAGUUUAUUCGCGUCCAAGAUGUUCUGGGUGUUUGUCGUGUGUGUGGUGGGCAGGGCCGCAGGGUCCAUGGCCCCCCAGCAGUGGUGGGACAGCGCUGUGUACUACAGGUUGUUGGUGGAUAGUUUCAGAGACAGCGACGGAGACGGUCUGGGAGACCUAAAAGGAGCAGUGAAACAAAUUAGCUACGUGCGUGCCUUGGGUGCUGAUGCGGUAAUACUAUCUCCAAUCUCAGCCAAGAGUACAGACUGCAGCAGACCAGGUGUCAUCGACUUUAGUGACAUAGACCCAAGAUAUGGAACUCCUGCAGAUUUCUCUAAUCUAGUCGAGAAGCUUAAAAAACUAGACCUAAAGCUCGUGAUCACACUGCCACUUCAAACGGUCAGCAUGGCUUCUGAUUGGUUCACGUCGAGUGCUGAUCGAAUCGCGGGGUAUGAGCACAGGAUCAUGUGGAAGGAUGGAACUAUUGACUCCCCCCCACCAGUGGAAAAUGGUGUUAAGUCUUGGACCUGGCACGCCACUCGCUACGCAUAUUUCGGCAACGCCAACAACGAAGCUGUCUUGAACUUAUGCUGUGAAAAUGUGGCAGCAGCAUUAUCUGCUGCGCAGUGCAAUUGGCUUAAGCGAGGUGUGUCAGGAAUACUCCUCAAUCCUGACUUCCCCAGAGACACGGCUUGUGGGGAACAGCUGCUGAAAAAACUGGUGGCCGACGCUAUGAGUUGCACCCGUAGUAGUGGCUUGGAGACGCCGGUUAUCCUCGUAGAGUCAUCUCUGAGACCAGAACAAGCCGCUAUGUACUAUGGGGAUGGGGGAGUGGGAGCCAACAGCAUCAUUAGCAAAGCCCUAACCACUCCUACAAGAUCCACCUCCGAGAUGGUGAUUGGCAUCCAAGCAUCUUUGCUCACUACACCUUUAGAUGUCCUUCCUACUUGGGCCACAAGUAACUCCAACGCCAGUCGUACGGCUUCACGCUAUGGCAGCGACAUGGUUGACGCCGUGAACCUCUUAGCCCUAAACUUGCCAGGCUCAGCUAUCAUCCAGCAAGGAGACGAACUAGCGGCGGCAGACACUAUCUUAGAAUGGGUGACUGGCAGUACUUGCUGGCCUAACCAACCAGCACCAUGGGCAGCCCCCUUUCCAUGGGAUGAUAGUCAUUCCUCAGGUUUUACCAAAGGAGGUGAACCGUGGUUGCCGUUAGCCCCCAACUUUAGAUAUGCAAACGCUAAGACGGAGUUCGCAAACGAUUACAGUCAUGUCGGUGUAAUGAGGAUCGCUGCUGCGCUCAGAAAGUCGCCGGCUUUUGGGCCACAUGUAGAGAUAAAACGACAAAAUGGAGCCAUUGUGAUCUUGAGGUGGGGAGCCUCUGGGUCUCUGCUGCUUAUCUCAAACCUAGCAACCGAGCCCACUCAGGUGGAACCUUCCAGAAUUCCCGGAAUACCACCGGAGAUGACGAUUGCCUGUAGUUCAGCAGGGUCGAGCUUCGCCGUCGCUACUCAUUGGAUGAUGGAUAAAACCAUGAGACUAGGUCCUGGACAGACGAUACUUCUGGCUGGAGGCCCGAGACACUGCGGGGGCCCUGGACCAGUUGAAAAGAUCACCAGCAAGUUACAAGAAGGUUGGCAGAAAGUCAACAAGUACUUUAGCACCUAAUGAUUCUGAAUCACAAGGAAUACCAUCUUCUGUUUGAGAAAUUGGUUGAGAU